AAGCGAGCGUUUCUCCCUAGCCGUUGCGCCGCCGGUGCCAGGUUGCUCGCCUGUGAAGGAGAGCUGACCCCGCCGAGGCCUUCCGAGCCCGAGCUCGCGCCUUCGGCUUCCCCGACUGCACAGCUGCGCGGCCGUGCGGACCGAGGCCCAGUCUGCGGAGCCCCGCCAGCCCAGCCCCUCCCUCCGCUCAGCAGUUAGGCCGCGCCCUGAGGCCCAGUCCGCGGCGGCCCCGGCGGGUGAUGCCAAAUACAGCCAUGAAGAAAAAGGUGCUGCUGAUGGGGAAGAGCGGGUCGGGGAAGACCAGCAUGAGGUCGAUCAUCUUUGCAAAUUAUAUUGCGCGCGACACCCGGCGCCUGGGUGCCACCAUUGAUGUGGAGCACUCCCACGUCCGAUUUCUGGGGAACCUGGUGCUGAACCUGUGGGACUGUGGCGGUCAGGACACCUUCAUGGAGAAUUACUUCACUAGCCAGCGAGACAACAUCUUCCGUAACGUCGAGGUUUUGAUCUACGUCUUCGACGUGGAGAGCCGCGAAUUGGAGAAGGACAUGCAUUAUUAUCAGUCAUGCCUGGAGGCCAUCCUCCAGAACUCUCCUGACGCCAAGAUCUUCUGCCUGGUUCACAAAAUGGAUCUGGUUCAGGAGGAUCAGCGUGACCUGAUUUUUAAGGAGCGAGAGGAAGACCUGAGGCGUUUGUCUCGCCCGCUGGAGUGCGCCUGUUUUCGAACAUCCAUCUGGGAUGAGACGCUGUACAAAGCCUGGUCCAGUAUUGUCUAUCAGCUGAUUCCCAACGUGCAGCAGCUGGAGAUGAAUUUACGGAAUUUCGCCCAGAUUAUUGAGGCCGACGAAGUUCUGCUGUUCGAGAGAGCUACGUUCUUGGUUAUUUCCCAUUACCAGUGCAGAGAGCAGCGUGACGUCCACCGCUUUGAGAAGAUCAGUAACAUCAUUAAGCAGUUCAAGCUGAGCUGCAGUAAACUGGCCGCUUCUUUUCAGAGCAUGGAAGUCAGGAAUUCUAACUUCGCUGCCUUCAUCGACAUCUUCACGUCAAACACGUAUGUGAUGGUGGUUAUGUCUGAUCCCUCGAUCCCUUCUGCAGCUACUCUGAUCAACAUUCGCAAUGCCAGGAAACACUUUGAGAAGCUGGAGAGAGUGGAUGGCCCCAAGCACAGCCUCCUUAUGCGUUGAAUAUUGCCAAACGCUGUUGCUGAAGAUGCUGAAUUGCCUUUUUUUUUUUUUUCUUGCACCCUUUCUCUUUUUCAUAUUCAUAAUGUUGUGGGCUUUGAGAUGUGUGCGCCUCCAUGUCCUCCUUCCCUACUCCUGUUCUUUAAACAUUGAACGCUACUCAGCUGUCCAGUAGAGCUUCAAGAUGGCCUUUCUGAAAAGUUGGUAUGGUGUAACACUAAAGUAGGUGGUGUGUGUGUGUGUGUGUGUGUUCUGAUUACCUGGUUAUAAUAGAUAUGCACAUCAAAGCCUUUACCAGUAUCUUUCUGUAUUCUUUACUAGAUUGCAAAGAUGGAAUGUUACUAUUUUAUCAGCAAGGAAUUAAAAUGCAUUUAUAAAUCCUCCUUGGCUUCAAUCAUGAAUAAACAUUUGCUGUUAGCAAUUUAAAAUAUGGUGUUAUUUGAAGUAAUUUGCCCACAACUGUUGCUUUAUUGAUAAAUUUGAUUUUGUAAUCUUGGCCCCCAUCUCCUGAAGGAUGUUUCAUGGCAGCUGCAAUAGAGGGGUUCAGAGAGUAUGAACUGGAGCCUGGCCACCUGAGUCGAGUUGUAUUCUGGUGUUUUCACUUACUAGCUCUGUGAACUUGGGCAAGGUAAAUUAAUUUCACUGUGUUUGCUUCAUUUGUAAAAUGUGGGUGAGAAUAGCUCCACUUCAUAGGAUUGUUAAAAGGAUUAAAUUAAAACAUGGGAAGCAUUAAGAAUGGUGCCUUGACACAUGGUACUAUGUGUUAGCUAUUGUUACCACCUACUGAUCCAUACCUCCCCGUUACUGAAUGUGAAGCCUAGCUAAAUAUUUGAGGUGUAUUUAUCCCAUUUAAUCCUCACAACCAACCUGUGAGGUAGGUUACUUUAUCUUUACUGUAUUGAUGAGAAAACUGGUAGAAGUUUACUGAAUUUCUGAAGGUCAUAUAGCUGAACACAGGCAAUCUGACUAAAGAUCCUUCUUCUCCCCCACUAUACCCCACAUUCUGUCCUACAUUGACAGAAAAGUUAAUCAUAAAAAUCCUACCUUUUUAGAUGUAGAUUAUUCCAUCAUAUAAUCCUCUUAAUUUUGCAGACAGAAAGCUGAAGCCGAGGGAAGUUAAAUGAAUUCUCCCAAGGAACAGUGUUUAAUUCACUUUGGGCAAUAUGAGUUUCCCAUCUGUAUUUAUCUAGAAAUCUGGAUAAUACUGAAUCACAUUCUCAGAAUAUCUACUUUUGUGGGAGGAUUCUAAGAUUGCUAAUUUUUGAUAAAGCAAUAUAAAGAAACUAAGGGAUAGGCCUUUUAGAAUUUCAAAGGCUUUAAAAAAGCUAUUUAACAUUUAUCAAACCUAUCUAGCUAUGGAUGACAGGUUCCCUACCCAUUAAGAGCAACAGGCUAUUCAGAUGUAAGUUAUAAAACACAGCUAAUUAGGGCACUGCCAGUAAGUGAGUAUAAAUCCGAAUCACUGAACCUCUGAAGUUUCUUUUAUUAUAUACCUUUGUAUGUAUGUGAUGGCUUCAUGGUUUGCAAAAUAUACUUUUUAUUAAUAUAUGGUAAAUUCCAAAGCCAGAUGGUAUAAUAUUGAGUAUUCAAGACAAUAGUACAUGGAGAAAAACGCAGAACAAAAUUCUAACUCAGACCCAACUUGCUGGCCUGACAGAGCCUGGCAAAACCCUCAAGGAGUAUGGCCCCCGGACACCCUUUCAGCUCAGUAAUUAGGUCACUCCUGAGGUUCACCCUUUGGCCAAAGAUUGAACAGCGCCAUGGAACAAAAGACUAAAGGGGCACACCAGCCCUGGGGCAGGGACUGGAAGGCAGGAGGGAACAGGAAAGUUGGUAAUAGGGAACCCAGGGUUGAGAAGGGAAAGUGUUGACAUGUCAUGGGGAUGUUAACCCAUGUCAUAGAACAGUGUGCUAACAUAAGAAACUAGUUUGUCCUGUAAACCUUCAUCUAAAGUACAAAAAAAAAAAAAAGACAA